AUGAGACAAAAACAAAUAAAAGGAUACGAAGGAAUCUUUCAGUUGAUAAAAGCGUUUUUUUCUAUCUAUCUAUCUAUCUAUCUAUCUAUCUAUCUAUCUAUCUAUCUAUUGACUGUUUGUUUUCAUUUAUCUAUCUAUCUAUCUAUCUAUCUAUCUAUCUAUCUAUCUAUUGACUGUUUGUUUUCAUCUAUCUAUCUAUCUAUCUAUCUAUCUAUCUAUCUAUCUAUCUAUGUUUUAGUUUUAAAAUAUCUAUCUAUCUAUCUAUCUAUCUAUCUAUCUAUCUAUCUAUCUAUCUCAAUCUUCUUUCAAUAUACAUUUAAAAUCCUUAUUUCUACAUGUAAUGUUUUAUGUAUGUAUGUAUGUAUGAAUCUAUCUAUCUAUCUAUCUAUCUAUCUAUCUAUCUAUCUAUCUAUCUAUCUAUCUAUCUAUCUCCUCGGAGAGAACCAAGUUUAUCUAUCUAUCUAUCUAUCUAUCUAUCUCCGUCACAUAUUCUUACGUAAUUUAACUAUCGCAUAUGCUUAUCUAUCUAUCUAUCUAUCUAUCUAUCUAUCUAUCUAUCUAUCUAUCUAUCUAUACAUAUAUUUAAUAGGUUAG